CCUGGCGCCCCCGGCCGCCGUCAUGCCCCGGGUAGUGCUGCCCACGCUCCUGCUGCCGCUGCUGGGCCUCUCCACGGCCACUGUCGCGGACUGUCCUUCAUCUACCUGGGUUCAGUUCCAAGACAGCUGUUACAUUUUCCUUCAAGAAGCCAUUAAAGUAGAAGGCAUAGAGGAUGUCAGAAAUCAGUGUACUGGUCAUGGAGCAGACAUGAUAAGCAUACACAAUGAAGAAGAAAAUACCUUUAUACUGGAUACUUUGAAAAAGCAAUGGAAAGGCCCAGAUGAUAUCCUACUAGGAAUGUUUUAUGACACAGAUGAUGCAAGUUUCAAGUGGUUUGAUAAUUCAAAUAUGACAUUUGAUAAAUGGGCAGACCAAGAAGAUGGUGACAGUCUAGUGGACACCUGUGGUUUUCUUCACGCCAAGACGGGUGAAUGGAAAAAAGGAAACUGUGAAGUUUCUUCUGUGGAAGGAACGCUUUGUAAAGCAGCUAUCCCAUAUGACAAGAAAUAUUUAUCAGAUAAUCAUGUUUUAAUAUCAGCUUUGGUGGUUGCUAGCACUGUAAUUUUGACAGUUUUGGGAGCAAUCAUUUGGUUCUUCUACAAAAGACAUUCUAAUUCUGGUUUCACUACAGUUUUUUCAACUAUAUCCCAAUCACCUUUUAACGACGACCGUGUUUUGAUAGAUGGAGAAGAAAAUGAAUAUGCUGUUCAAUUUGACUAAGUUUUUGGUAAUCUCAGACCAAUCUCUUGACACCAAUUCCUAAGAUUUUAAUAUAAAACUUGACAUUGAAAAUUACAGCUUUUAUGGUACUCUUAUUCUGGUAGCAGUAUUUUCAUGAAGUCACUGUGACAAAAGUCAACCUUUGCAUUGUGAACAUUUCCUGCAAGCUUGAACCUCUCUGGUGGUUCAAGUCACUUCACAGAAAUAUAAAUAUGGCCUGUCAAUAAAGCAGGUUUUCGAAAAGGAAUGAUCUCUAUCUAACUUAAGGGUUUUAACCACCAUUUCAAAUGUAGAAAUUUUCACUCAAAUAAAAGAAAGCCUGAAGUCCAAGAACUUAAUACAAAUAAAAAUCCAGCCUACUUGUCCCAACCUGCUCUGCUUUGCCUUCCAACUAGCUGAACCAGCUUAGUUUACAAUUUACCUUACUCUCUUAUUGAUGAAUGUGAUAUGGGAGGGAAGUCUGAUUUUUAAAUAAAUUUUAUACAUUUAAAUAUCCUUA